CCUUAUUCACACUCAACGUUGAGGAUAGAGAGAGAAAGGGGAGAAACAAGGAGAAGGGCACGCGAAGAAGAAAGAAGACGCAGAAGACGAAGAAGAAGAAGAAGAAGAAGGGAGCAGCGAUCCGAACCAUGGCAAUAUCCAAAACGUCUCAGCUCGAGUCCGAUCACCGCGCACCUCCACCGCCGUCGACCACUGCGCGGAGCCUGCAGUCGCACGACAGACCCGAGUCCAGAUGAAUGGAGGCAGCUGUACCUGGGCCGUGGACAAAAUGAGGGUCAUCUUCAUCCUAAACGCCGGUUUCGUCGCAGCUUUCUCGCCUUUUAGACGUGAGUCGGUGAUGUUGGCAGCGUUUAGGACGACUAUAGAGAAGGUGAACGAGCCAGAAUCAAGCACAGAUAGACCAUGCCAGGCAAUUGAGGAGUAGUGAGGAGAUCACACCGAUUCAUUUUUAGUAUUUUUUAAUUUUAAUUUUAAUUUUUUUUUUUUUUAUUAUUGGGAUAGAGCUUGCACAUUUAUUAUAGCCGAUACAUCAUCCUUUUUUUGGUUGUUGUUGUUACACCGGGAGGUGUGUUCAGCUUUUCGGCAUGCUGCCUGCUGUCGACAUCUGAAAACGCACGUUUUUCAAAACACACACACAAAAAAUUGGCACUAGAAUACAUUUUGAUCCUGCGAUGUGUCAGGUGAUUAUAGAGCGAUAAUGUCCUUUUAGACUGUUUGUGCUUAAUCUGUAGUAGAUUGAUUAUAUAGCGAUAAUAACAUGAAUAGGUAGGAGGAGACAGCUCUGUUCCUUUUUUUGUUUUUGAUCAAAGCCCAUUGAUCAACCGAGACAAUCUGGAAAUGUUAGUUUCCACAUGUAGUAAUAAUAAUAAUAAUAAUAUGACCAGUAGGCUACGCGUUAUUCCUUGUAAUUUAUUUAUUUAUUAUUACUAUUAUUAGACCUAUAAGUAUUAUAUUAUCGAUUUUUUUUUUUUUAGGUAGGUAGUUUGAUAUAUUUAACAGUGGGGAGGGUGUUUGAACGCGUUGAGAUGGAAACUGCUUAUUUAUCGCCCCACCGGGGGGCAACCCGGCCCGCGGCCCAGAGGGGCCAAACCUCUGCGGGCAAGAAACCGGCGGGGGGCGACCUCCACCCUCCAGCUCCGGCUCCAGCUCCGGCUCCGCAGCCAUCCCUGCACGCCGGCAACUCACCCGAGGAGACCCCGGCGAGCAGCGAUGGGCGGAGGAACUCCGGCGUGAAGAAACACCACCACAAGCAUAACCUGAAGCACCGCUACGAGCUGCUGGAGACGCUGGGAAGAGGCACCUACGGCAAAGUCAAGAAGGCCAUCGAGCGGCACUCCGGAAGAGAGGUGGCUAUCAAGUCGAUUCGGAAGGAGAAGAUCAAGGAUGAGCAGGACAUGGUUCACAUCCGCAGAGAGAUCGAGAUCAUGUCAUCCCUCCGCCACCCACACAUCAUUUCUAUAUAUGAAGUGUUCGAGAACAAGGACAAGAUCGUGAUUGUGAUGGAGUACGCCAGCAAGGGCGAGCUGUAUGACUACAUCAGCGAGCGCCGGCGCCUGAGCGAGCGGGAGACGCGACACUUCUUCAGACAGAUAGUCUCCGCCGUGCACCACUGCCACAAGAAUGGAGUGGUGCACAGGGAUCUGAAACUGGAAAAUGUGCUACUGGAUGAAAACUGUAAUAUUAAGAUUGCUGACUUCGGGCUGUCCAACCUCUACCAUAAGGACAAGCUUCUACAAACCUUCUGCGGCAGCCCGCUCUACGCUUCACCAGAGAUCGUCAAUGGGAGACCGUACCGUGGCCCAGAGGUGGACAGCUGGGCUCUGGGGGUGCUGCUGUAUACCCUGGUCUACGGGACCAUGCCAUUCGAUGGAGGAGACCACAGGAACCUCAUUCGCCAGAUUAGCAACGGCGAGUACAAAGAACCCACUCAGUCUUCAGAUGCCCGUGGACUGAUCCGCUGGAUGCUGAUGGUGAACCCUGAGCGCCGGGCCACAGUGGAGGACAUAGCCAACCACUGGUGGGUAAACUGGGGCUGGAAGAACAGUGUGUGUGACUGCGAGACCCAACGCGAUCAUGGAGGCUCGCCCAUGCUGGCCCGCUUCAUCGACUGGCAGAACCGCACUGAGCCACGUGGUUCUGGAGCCAAAGCUGCAGCCAUGCCCCAGCUGCUGCGCCAGAGGCCCAAAAAGUCCAAGAAGGAAAAUGUGGAGGCGGGACAGACCCACUGUGGAGCAGAGGACAAGCCGGGUCUAAAGAGACCCAAGGGGAUCCUGAAGACCAGGGUUACUGAGGAGCAGCAGUCUGCCAGUCUGGAAGAGGUGGAGUUGAACCAGGUGGCGCUGCCUCAGCAGGCCGAAGUUGGACAGGAACCCUCGAGCCCAGAUCGGGAGGAGGAGGAGCCAAGUCUAGGAGAGGGCUCGCCAGCGAAGAUGGUGCCCUCUCUGCCCAAGAAAGGCAUCUUGAAGAACAACCAACAGCGGGAAUCAGGGUACUACUCCUCACCAGAGCGCAGCGAGUCCUCCGAGCUUUUGGGAGGCGCCAGUAUGUCUCUGCUAGCGACCUCCCCGCCGAAGAGAGUGAUGGGGAGAAAGGGCAUCUUGAAGCGAAACGGCAAGUACUCCACCUACAGCGGGCCUCCUUCAGCAGCAGCGGUGGCCGGAGUCCUUGGCGAGCCUCCUCCUCCAACUGACUCUGGUCUGUCCCGCAGUCAGAGUCGGCCCUCCAGCAUCGUCGGGGAGGACAGCUCUGUCCUGUCCCUGUCACCCACCUCCCUCAGUGGGGCUGAGUGGCAUCCCUCCACCCCCCACCUCCGCCCAAACAUCAGGGCCUGCGUCUCAGCUGAAAACCUGCUGCAGCUCGCCAAUUUCAAGGGCUUCCAGGCUGCCCCGCCUCACCAGGGACCCAAGUUCAGCCGUGGCCCCAAAACGAAAGGCUCCCCGGGGGACAAUGGCAGCUUCUCCUUGCUGGGGGACCUGGAGGACAUGACUCAGGUGUACCAGCAAGCCCUGGACAUCAGCAGCAACCUCACCUAACAGAUGGGUGGCGGAGAGAGAAGAAGCCGAUGGAAUUGAACAUGGCUGUGUGUGUGUUCGUGUGUGUUCGUAUGUGUGUGUGUGUGUGUGAACAGAUGUCUAUGGGUUGCUUUAAACGACCAGUGUGUUACUGGGAUACACCUUUUGGGGAGUUGUGGUUUUCUAAAUGGGGGUGAAAUCUUGAUGGAAUUGAUAUGUCCCCACACACACGUACACACACACAGAUGUACACACUUAGGUGCACUUCUCUGGCCGGAGGAAAUUUAGUUAAGGUUUUGUGAACAAGGGAGAGAAGGAGCUGGCACGAGAGAAUGCCACCCAGUCUGCUUUCCCGGCCCGCCCAUAGACAUUGCUGUGUUCAACAUGUUUACAUAUUCAGCAAGAAGGCAAGUUAGAAUCACAAACGCAGCAACCAGAAACUGGUUGGCUCUCCUCGUACACCACCCAUUUUGAGUUUGAGUUUACAAAAGCACCUUAAAACUCACACAGAGCACAUGCUUUUGUGAUCUUUACUUCCUUUAGAGAAAAAAAAAAAUACACGAAACAAACCAGGGUCUUGUUCCAAAAAUAACUGACAUUGCUGAUUAUUUAUUAAUGUUUUCGUAGCUUUUAGUUAUAACUGGUGGGCGCUGGCUGUUACUGGAAGAGUUCAAAGCUCCUUGUGUCCAACUCUUUGUGUGGAUCUGACAUAUAUAAUUCCUCAAUGAUGAGAAACAUAUAUAUACUCAGCAUAUAUAAGAACGUCUGCGCUUGUAAAACACGCAGGCAAAUAUACCUUCAUAAAAGCGUAUGUCCUAUAUAUGUGUAUGAUACUAGGGAAUAUGUAGGAAGUGCCUUUUUUGAUUCAUAGUAAAAAUUAUGUAUGUCAUUUCCUUAAAGUGGAGGGAAAAGCCAGGCCAACCUGUCACCAGUUGUGCUUUUUUUAAUUUUUUUUUUUUUUUUAAACAUUUUUGAAUGUGGAGAGAGACCCAGGGCCUUCAGCACACAGCCGACUAGCUUUACUUGUUUUGAGGUUGAUCUCAGACAGUCGAGAUCAAACAGUCUCGUCUGCUCCCUCCCGUUUCUUCCACAAGUAGAAUCACACACAGAUAUGCCAGGAUCCACAGACCCUCCUCCUCUGUGUUCUUUGUCAGUGUUCGAGCCCAUAGUUUGGUUUGUCAGCAGUUUAGGUGGCUCGGGUGAGCACAGAUAUGCUGGCAGCGCCCCGAGGUCUGGAGGGACUCACCUAGCAGGACAUUUAGCGAAGGGGAGAUGGCGCAGACACCAUCUCACAGUCCUGGAAUGUCCCUGGCUCUCUCAAACCUCGGUUGUUUCAUGUUUUCGAGGCUACCUGGUAAAACAGGCUGUUUAGUGAGAGAUUCAGGGGUUUUUUUUGUUUGUUUUGUUUUUAGCCAAAGACGCGUAAGGUUUCCAUUGUCAGACCAGUUAAUAUUUUACCCAAAGCUCUUCAAAAAGAGCCAAGUAAGGUGGUUUGUUUUAGCCUGCUGAUGACACAGCAAAUUCCUCAGACAAAGGCUUGAGACGUGUUGGUGCUGGAGAUCUCUAUCAGCCCCGACUCAGCACAGGUGGAGCUGCGGUCCGUGCUCAGCCCUCCAGCUGUGUAUACUAGUCCAUUAUGUCAACGAAGCACAAUUAGCCAGCUAUUGUUUUCAUUUGACAGAAAGAGAGAGGCGGCGUGUCGAGAUUUAUAGCUAGAGGGAGAAGAAAAGAGUGUGAAGAAGUCGAUGCAUGAAAAGACGAUGAGAUCAGAGAGGACUUUCCUGCCGGAAAGGUCGAGGAGUAAGCGUUUCGAAGGAAUUGUAAUGUAGAUUAGUGAAAGUAAAGAAAGUGAGUAGAAAGAGUAGAUGGAAAGUUUUUUUGUUGAAUACCAAAGAUGUGAUGAGGUUUUGACAUGAUUCAGGGGAAUGGAUAGGUCAGGGACUAACGAGAGUCUUUUGGAUUUAGGGAAUCCCCAUUGGUGAAUGAAAUCAUCCCAACACUGGCUCUGCCUCAUGUUUUGUUUUCUUUUUCUUUUUGAGCUUUUAUUUGAGAUGCCGGAGGCUGUUGAUACAGCUUGUCCGCAGGGUCGGUCAGAGUGUGUCCUGUGGGUUCUCUAUGGCCUUUGAAAGUGUGUUCAACAGCAGCAGAAAAGUGGAAGAACGGUUGACUGACAUCAUCCAAAAUAUCAAAUGAUGUGGAUGGAAAACCAUCGCAGUAGAUGACCCAGAGGAAAUAGAUCACAUGUGGAAUGUUUCCCUCUUGUGUGAAGGAAAGGUCCUGGGUAAGGAUUCAAAUGAAAGACCCGGCGCGUAUUAUAUUGCAUUUUAUUGCCUUUUGUAUUGCAUUUUAUUGUCAACUGGAUUUACAGUGAGAAAAUUAUACUAUGUUAGUAUUUUGUUUUAUUAUGCCUCUGUUUUUGAUUUUCCAAAAUAUAAGAAACUUUAUAUUGCUUUAUGUUAUGGCAGAAAAAAUACUUCCUUCCUUGAAGUAUUCGAAUUUCUCUCCAGAAGCAGACACGUUUGAUCUGAAAUUGGUGUAGUGUCAGCUUUCCCCUGUUUUGAUACGAAGCUACAAACAACCUCCAAAUGGCAAAACCAACUCUUACAGAUGAAUUGAAACAGGUCAAAAUGCAAGAAUAUCCACUAAUGCAUCAACAGCUGACUCUAUGAGAAUUGCAUUUCCACCUCUACCAAAGCAGGGGGGCUCCACACUGCUGGAACAACACCAGGAGAAAAAGGAAAUAAAGCAAUGGAAAGAAUCUGAUGAUGAAACUUUAACGCUGCCAAACUGGAAUAAGUGGUGCAUAUCUGUUAGUUAGCAGAAAGUCUAAUCAUAGGAAAACUUGACUGGAUAUUGUUAUGACAAUAAUAAUAAUUUAGUAUUAUUAUGUUAUUUAAGUAUUAUUUUUUGUUAUGGCUCAAUACUAUUGUUGGCUAUCGCCACAGUUUUGGUUUUAUUUGAUUUUUUUUUUGUCUGUUGGUGAUCCUGGACUGCCAAGGUGGAUUAAGUUGUGUGCCUUUGGUAUCUUUUAUGAACAAUUUUUUUUUUUUUUUUUUUUUUGAUAAUGAAAAAUUA